GACUUCUGAUCCACGCUCAAGGAGGCGAAGUUUGUGCGGAAAGAAAUAAAGCAAGUCCUUCCAGACCUGGUUUAUCUGGACGUAUUUGGGGUGAUUUAUUGUGGAUCUGGACGGACGGUGAAAAACGCAGUGUGUGCUGCAUUAGGAUAGAGAUCUACCUAGUACACACCGAUGCUCCAGUCUGGAUUCCUUUCUCUGCACUAUAACCCCGAGGAACGAUCUCAAUGCUCCGGGACGCUUUACUUCACUCGCUUUAUUGCUAAAUCUCUAAAUCUAUGCGUACGAUUUUAACACACCCUUGUUGGAUUAAUCCCGGAUUAUAACUAGAGGUAUACACAAUGCCGGACCAGAUUACAGUAGCGGAGUUUGUGGCCGAGACCAACGAAGAUUACAAAUCACCAACGGCCUCGAACUUCACCACUCGAAUGGCGCACUGUAGGAACACAGUAACUGCUUUAGAAGAGGCCUUGGAUGUGGAUCGCGGUGUCCUCUACAAAAUGAAGAAGUCAGUAAAAGCCAUUUACACCUCUGGUCUAGCACAUGUGGAGAAUGAGGAGCAGUAUACUCAGGCUCUGGAGAAGUUUGGUGAGAACUGUGUGUACAGAGAUGACCCCGACCUCGGCUCGGCCUUCCUCAAGUUUUCCGUGUUUACUAAGGAGCUCACCGCACUCUUCAAGAAUCUAUUUCAGAACAUGAACAACAUCAUCACAUUUCCACUGGACAGUCUGCUGAAGGGAGAUCUGAAAGGCGUGAAGGGGGAUCUGAAAAAGCCCUUUGAUAAAGCCUGGAAAGACUAUGAAACUAAAGUCACCAAGAUUGAGAAGGAGAAAAAAGAGCACGCCAGACAGCACGGAAUGAUCCGGACAGAAAUCAGCGGGGCGGAGAUAGCCGAGGAAAUGGAGAAGGAAAGACGCUUUUUUCAGCUGCAGAUGUGUGAGUACCUCCUCAAAGUGAAUGAGAUCAAGAUUAAAAAAGGUGUGGAUCUGCUGCAGAAUCUCAUCAAGUAUUUCCAUGCACAGUGCAAUUUUUUUCAGGAUGGCUUAAAGGCUGUGGACAACCUGAAGCCCUCAAUUGAAAAACUUGCUACAGAUUUGCAUACGAUCAAGCAGGCUCAGGACGAGGAGCGCAAGCAGCUUACACAGUUACGAGACGUGCUAAAGACGGCACUUCAGGUGGAGCAGAAGGAGGAAUCGCAGGUGCGCCAGAGCACCACCUACAGCUUGCACCAGCCGCAGGGGAACAAAGAGCACGGCACGGAGAGAAGUGGGAAUCUGUACAAGAAGAGUGAUGGACUACGGAAGGUAUGGCAGAAGAGGAAGUGCACAGUCAGAAAUGGUUACCUGACCAUCUCCCACGGGACCGCAAACAGACCACCAGCCAAGCUCAAUCUGCUUACCUGUCAGGUCAAACAUAACCCAGAAGAGAAGAAAAGUUUCGACCUCAUCUCACAUGACAGGACAUAUCACUUCCAGGCAGAAGAUGAGCCAGAAUGCCAAAUCUGGAUCUCAGUACUUCAAAACAGCAAGGAGGAAGCACUCAACAACGCCUUUAAAGGUGACCAGCACGUAGGCGAGAAUAACAUCGUUCAGGAGCUGACCAAAGCCAUCCUGGGUGAGGUCAAGCGCAUGCCUGGCAAUGACGUCUGCUGUGACUGCGGUGCACCCGGACCUACGUGGCUUUCCACUAACCUGGGAAUCCUGACCUGUAUAGAAUGUUCUGGGAUCCACCGUGAGCUUGGUGUGCACUACUCCAGGAUCCAGUCUCUCACACUGGAUGUCCUCAGCACCUCUGAACUCUUGCUGGCCAAGAACGUGGGGAAUGCAGGAUUUAACGAGAUCAUGGAGGCAGGUCUGGAUGCAGAAGAUGUGGUCAAACCAAAUCCAGCCAGUGACAUGCAGGCCAGGAAAGACUUCAUCACAGCGAAGUACACAGAGAAGCGCUUUGCUCGGAAGAAAUGCCCGGACGCUUCAUCCAGACUGCGCACUCUGUGUGAUGCUGUUAAAGCUCGAGACAUCUUCACCCUCAUCCAGGUCUAUGCUGAGGGAGUUGACCUUAUGGAGCCCAUUCCUCUGGCCAAUGGACAUGAACAAGGCGAGACAGCUCUGCACCUGGCUGUUAGACUGGUGGACAGAACCUCACUCCACAUCAUCGACUUCCUCACCCAGAACAGCGUGAACCUGGAUAAACAGACAGUGAAGGGGAGCACAGCGCUGCAUUACUGCUGCCUGACGGACAACAGCGAGUGUCUCAAGUUGCUCCUGAGAGGCAAGGCCUCCAUAGACAUAGCUAACGAGGCAGGUGAAACCCCAUUGGACAUUGCUAGGAGACUUAAACACCUGCAGUGUGAGGAGCUGUUAAACCAGGCACUGGCCGGCAAGUUUAACGCCCACGUGCACGUGGAAUACGAGUGGCGGCUACAGCACGAAGACCUGGACGAGAGCGAUGAAGAUUUGGAUGAGAAGCCCAGUCCACUGCGGCGUGACGAGAGACCGGUCAGUUGCUACACUCCUGGCAGUUCAGUGCUGCAGCCCAGUACUGCGGGUCCUUUCAAGGAAAAACAGCAGCGCUCCUUCAUCCCCAACCUGGUCAACAAUGAGACAUAUGGGACCAUCCUUAACACCAGCCCAACCACUGGGACUGUGCUGUCCACCUCUGCUCCUCCACUGCCUCCCAGAAAUAUAGGGCAGUUGGCCGCUCUCAGUGCAGUUCAUCAGGGUUCAUCAGCGUGGAAACCCGGCUCUAUAGAUCUCUCAGGCAGGCAGAGAUCCUCCUCAGAUCCACCCAACAUGCACCCACCUAUACCACCUAUGAGAGUCACCUCCGCCUCCUUUGUAGUGCCGACAGCGCCACCUUCUGCAGCCAAGACAGCCAACAUGAGUAAAACGGCACCAGUGUCUCAAAGCCAGAGCAUAACCAGGACACCCAUUGCAAGCUUGGACAAAAGCCCUUCGAUGCUGCCAGAUCUAGCAGAGAGACCAGGUAGAUGUCAAAGAAACAACUUGAUCUCUAAGGAAGUUCCUGGAUGCCCUCAGAGAAGUGGUCAGUCCUCAACUCCUGGCCACUUAUCAAGGAAAGCAUAUUCGAAGCAAAGGCCAAAGAGGGUGAAGGCCAUCUACAACUGCAUGGCCGAUAACCCGGAUGAGCUGACGUUCACAGAGGGCGAGGUGAUCGUGGUGGACGGGGAGGAGGAUCAGGAGUGGUGGCUGGGCCAUAUAGAAGGAGAACCGAUGAGGAGAGGAGCCUUCCCUGUCACAUUUGUACACUUCAUAGCAGACUGACAGUCACCG